ACUCGCGCCUGCCGUUAACUAACGUCAUUUCUUUGGACUCACACACUUUACCGUCUCACCGGUUUAAACUCAUUACCGCCGCUUUUCAUGUCACUGUGUGACUUCUGAGAACAAGACAACUCUGUAGAAGGUGUUAUGAACAACUAUGAGGUCGUCCGUCAGAUUGGCGAGGGUGCGUUUGGUAAAGCCUUCCUGGUUCGAGAGAGGGGGGGAGGAGGAGACAGAGAGUGUGUGGUCAAACAGAUCAACCUCAGAAAGAUGUCCGAGAGGGAAAAGGAAGCGUCCAAGAAAGAAGUGACGCUGCUGUCGAAGAUGAAACACCCGAACAUCGUCACCUUCAUCAGGUCCUUUCAAGAGAGGGGCAGCCUGUAUAUAGUGAUGGAGUACUGUGACGGAGGAGAUCUGAUGAAGAAGAUCAACAUGCAGAGAGGAGUCUUCUUCACUGAGCAGCAGGUGGUCGACUGGUUCCUUCAGAUCUGCCUCGGCCUCAAACAUAUCCACGACAGGAAGAUCCUCCACAGAGACAUCAAAGCUCAGAAUAUCUUCCUAACCAGCGGAGGGAUGAAAGCAAAGCUGGGGGACUUUGGAAUCGCUAGAAUGUUGAAUAACACCAUGGAGCUGGCCAAGACUUGUGUUGGGACUCCGUACUACCUCUCCCCUGAGAUCUGCGAGAGUCGACCCUACAACAACAAAACGGAUAUCUGGUCUCUGGGCUGCGUUCUGUAUGAACUCUGCACCCUGAGGCAUCCAUUUGAGGGCAGCGGUCUGCGGCAGCUGGUCAGUAAAAUCUGCAGGGGGCGCUACAACCCCGUAUCCAGCCGCUACUCCUACGACCUUCGCCUGCUGGUCAUCCAACUCUUCAAGGUGAACCCCCUGGACCGUCCCUCGGUCAGUUCUGUCCUCAGGCGUCCCUUCCUGGAGAAGCACAUCAGCAAACACCUGGACCCUCAGGUGAUACAGGAGGAGUUCAGUCACACCGUGCUGCAUCUAAACAGAGCAGCAGCGUCUCAAGCAGCAGAGAACAAACAGAAGUCCAGAGAGAGACCCGGCGCCGCCGUCAAGAAACUUUCUGCUAAACCAGGAUGGAGAGUCACAGUCAGAGCCUUCACCCCGGCACACAAGAAACCUCUUCAUCAAAGGGCUGCAGACAGAGAAGCUGCAGUGCAGCAGCACCACAGGUUUAAUGGGCAGCAGCUAGUCGGCCAUUACCAGCAGCACUACGCCGAGCUGGACGCCUUUCACAGGAGGGACAAGGUGGAUGUCCUUCCUCCUCCUCCUCCUCCUCCUCCUCCUCAGGAGAGGCGGCGAUGUGAAGACCAGCCUGUGGAGCCGUACCAGCUUGUGGCUGCAGCUCGUAAUGAAUACCUGCAGAGGAGACUCGAGGCCAACAUGUACAAGCUGAGAGCAGAGAAGCAGCUGGGUCUGCGUCCGUGUACAGCUGAGAGCCAAAGGAAGCAGGAAGUGAAACAACCUGAACACCAGCGUGCACCUGAGGACAGGCGGGGGGGGGGGCAGCAGGAGUACCUGCGUCAGCUGGAUCUCAUCAGACAGCAGUAUCACCAGGAGACGAGACAGAUGAGACUGAAAGUCGAGCCUCAGCCACAACUCAAACAAGGAACCUUUGUGGUGGAGAAACCCAGAGACCCAGAAGCUUCUGCACAGCAGCAGAGAGCUCCACCUGCUCAGGACAUGAACGCAGCUCUGAGGCAGAUCAGAGACCAGAACAGAGACCAGAAGAGAGCGUGGGACAGGAAACACAAAGACAAGAAAGGAAUCAUGUUUGAGAUCCGAUUAGAUGAUGAAGGGAGGAAGGAGGAUGCAGAGGAGGGAGGAGAGAACAAAGUGGGGGACGGAAGACAAAAGCAGGAGGACGAAGUGGACCCUCUGAACCAGACUCUGAGCUUCCAGCAGGGGGAGGAGUUGAAGGUCAUGGAUUGGUCGAAGGGGAGAAGGGGGUGGAGCCAGAGCACACCUCAGACUCUGCUGGACGCGCUCGCCAACAUGGACGUCAACUCCGUCUACAGCGUCGCUGUCGAGGCCGAACAAGGUGAGGAGGCGGCAGGCCGCAGGGUGUGGGACGCUGACCCCCCCCUCACCCUGCUGAACGCUCUCGCUCAGGCUGAACUCACAUCCUUCACUCUGCACUCAGUGACUGCAGAUUUAGAGCCAGCGAAGGAAGAAGAGGAGGAAGAG